ACAUAUUGGGCUCUUCAUCCUGGCCAGGAUGGGCCCACCGAAUUUACAACGUUCGCUUUACCGUAAGACGUUGCGGCUUAUAGCUGGGGUGGUACGUGCCGGCACUGCACAGGUGGCCGCGGCGCGUUGGGCGGAGUUUAUCCCAUCUUGCGUCGCACUUGACCGGGGCGAUGACCUUGCGGUGAUUGCACGCAAAUGCUUUGAACGAUCAGAAAGUUCUCCUGCCGCGCUCAGCAAUGGCUUUAAUUUCGUGAAAGAAGCCGCUGGGUCCGUUUUUUCAAUCGAGGUGCGUGCGUUGUGGGAGAGGAUUAUUUAUUCACAAGGCUGUGAUUUAGUAUCGGGAAUAGGCUUGAUGAGUGCAUCCUUCGUGAUAGCUGGCGGGGACCUCGUUCCAACAGCCUCUGUUGAGGCGCGUGCAAGAGAAUUUUCAACUUUUAUCGAACAGCUUAUUCAUAAAAUAACCACAAAUGUGACACAAGUGUUAAAUCUUAAGAGCAAUUUUAAGCAUACACGAAAAACUUUGGAGCGGGCGCAUGAAAUAGUAGUGAGAGUGGCCAAUAUUCACCGAAGCGACUCCGAUGCGGAGAACUACACCACUUUUUCGCUCAUCAAUGAGUCAAAGUGCUCAGAAUACAUCCUCAACAUUAUUCUCUUUAAUGUCCUGCGGAAUAUGGGGUUUGUGUGCAUUCUUGUGGAUAGUAAUUUGCAUUUUCGAUGGAUUAGGGUCGAUCUUGCUGACAAAGGUUCUAGCAGUAGUGCCCACGCUAAAGUUUUGUUCCUUUCGUGGUCUUAUGGGGUGAAGAAGCGAAAGGAGGUAGAGGCUCUGAGCAUCACCACUAACACCCAGUGGUUCAGACGUGUUCCAUGGGAUGACGAGACUAGAAAAUCUGUGCUGUGUGAGUUAUUAAGGCGACAAUUGUCUUGCGUCUAUCGGAACUCCACGGAUUUUGCUACCGAAAAGGCGCGGGGGUCGAUCUGCAAGGAGCAGAUUAUGAUUUUAGUCAUGUGAGGGCCUGAAACAAUUAAAAAGCGAAUAUUUACUUUCGUAAAUUAAGAUUAUUAUGAAAGA